UUUUUUUUUAUUAUUAUUAUAUAUUAUUCUUAUAUGACAAUAUGACACGUUCAUUACCACCUGAAAUCAUUGAAAUCAUAUUGAAUAACCUCUCGUUACGUGAACUGGUCAUUGCUUCCGUUGUAUGCCGAGCUUGGACACCACUUAUUUCUCGACUUCUUUAUCAAUCUAUUAAUAUUUAUAGUGUAAAACAAUAUACGUCGCUUCUAUUUGGUCUACAAGCAAAUCAAGAACGAGUCAGUGAUAAAGAAUACAAUGGAUAUCAUGUACGACGAAUUAUUUUAUACUCUGCAAACAUUAUGUUGGACAACGUUGAACUCGCCGAGCUCAAAGAACUAUGCCCUAUGAUUACCUUAUUUGACUAUCGGAAAGACAUCUUUCUUACUGACGAAUAUUUGUGCGAAUUCACACCUGGUUGGUCAAACCUUGAAGAACUUCCUAUAUGGCAUGAAGAUGAGGGAAACAUAUGGGUCAAUCGGAUUGGCAAACGACUUACCACCAUCUCAGCUUAUUAUGACGAACUGUCGUUCCUACACUCUCCUGGAAACUCUAUUGAUCAACCUCUCUUUGCUAACUUGGUACAUUUAUUCCUGGACGUCUCCUUCUCGAGUACUCCCAUUAGUAUAGAAUGGAUGGAAGCACUACACUGUCAUGCACCUUUAUUAACCUCUCUGGAACUGGAUUAUAUAUCAUCAGAAAUAGGAAGUGGAUCUCUCAACAAUUGGAAACCCGCUGAACGGUUAGGCAUACUCAAAUGGCAUAUCGAUAAUUAUAUUGAUCCAGUAUGGUAUAAAUAUCUAUCUCGAAAGUAUCCUAAUGUAUAUGAUCUAUCCAUCAGUAUUGGCAACGAAGAUGAAUUCGACGAGGACUUUACGGAUGAUCCUUCAACAAAUUUGACACAAGAACGACAUCUUGGACCGGCUUCGUACAGACGACUUAUUCUCGAUAUGAUUACCAGCUAUUCACAUUUGACAAAACUCCGAAUCAAGUCACAAACAAAAUGGUCUUCUUACUUGGACUAUUUUCCAUGGCGUGAUCUGGCGGAUUGGCUUAGCUCGAAAGGAAACAAGAUACAGUGUUUGGAUUGGUUUCUCGGCUCCCUUUGGGAAAUAGGAUUUAGCCCGCGUGAACUUGAUGCAUUCCGAAGUGGACUUAGCUCUAUUCGACCACUAGGCAAUUUGAAUUUACUGAAAGAACUUUCAUACGACGUACCUGAACAAUUGGAAGGUGGUAUAUUGGAUUUAUCUCUUGGGAAAAUGACUCUACAUAAUAUGACACACUUGAAACUCGAGUUCUCUUUUAGUCUCAACUGGAAAGCUUGGAAAAAAAUCAAUUUGGAUAAUAUAUUGGAUUCAUGCCCGAAUUUGAAGACUUUGGCUGUUAAAGGAUUAUAUCCUGAAAUCAAUGAUGAUGGCGAUAACAAACCAACGAAUACUCACAGUGCGCUCGUGUCUCUUUUUAUUCAAGAACUGGCUAUAACCAACAUGGAUUAUCUCUCUGAUUUAUUACAACGAUGUCCUUUGGUGACGAAAUUUUUAUGGUCCAACUCUAUCGUUGUUUGCAAGCAGCAGAGCGACAACACAGAAGCAAUCAUGGAAACACCGAUCAAGAUUGACAUUCCUGGACGUAUUUUUUCACAACUCUCCAUUGGCCGUAUCCAUUAUACGAUUUGUGGUGAGGACAACGACGACUUGGAACUUGUUUCUACACUCAGCAUUAGGGAAUCGGCAAAAUCAUUUGAUCAAUGGACAACAUAUACAGAUGAAGAUUGGAAACAACGAUCUGAAGAAACAAAAGUGAAGACGCGUGGAUUAGAAAUCAACUGUAGAUAUGCUGACCGAAUGGAGUUCUCGACAAGGUACGUGUGGUAGUGUGGAUUUGGAAUGAAGCUUACUAUAGUAGUACCUUAGUAUAGAUUGUGUACGUGUAGCCUUU